AUGGGUUGCCGUCAGAGUCACAUGUUCGAUCCAGAUAACCCAAAUGUAGAGGCUCUGAACUACAAGCGCCGCAGACCGACCAAACUAAAGAAGAGUCGACGGAGCACCUCCAAGCAGAAGGCCUGCCAACAGAUCAGUUUCUCUGCUGGAGCAGCAGAGGAAGAAGAUGAGGCCGGUGACUCUGACACAGCAGCAGCAGAACCUGCACUCACGAACAAAACUCUGAACAAGGAUGUUAACAAGAAUGCCCAGAUCUUUGGCAACAAGUCCACCAAAAACGUUCUGACCUUAUCUGUGGACACUCCAGAAGCAGCAGAGAUGGAAGCAAGGCAAGGAAAAAUAGGGUCCAAACAUGUCUUCCCAGUCUGGGAAACGGGCAGCAGUGACACCUGCAAGUGUGGUAAAGUUGAUCCGAACCAGACGUCUUCCAGUGAAGAUAACGGACGAAAAUCCAGUGCCAAAACAGAUCACGUGUGCCAAAAAUGCUCACAAGUAAUGCUCAAUAACAAACGAGGUUGUGCUAACAAUAACAAUAGUAACAAUGCAACAGAAACCAAUGGUGUUGCAGCUCUUGACCUCUCUGCUCCAGCCACUUCACUUCUGGUCAAGAACAGAAAAAAUGCCUGGAUCCAGCUGGCCGGACAUCCAGGCUCCUUUGCUCCAGCUGGGCCAAACACCAUAUGGAAGAAACGUAUCUCCAAUGAGAACUACGAAGCCCAGGCGUACACGGCCUUGAGUGAGUACCCUCAGUCCAUGAACAUGAUGCCUGCCUUUCAUCAGGAAGUGGAGUUAAAUGGAGAAUAUUUCAUUGAGAUGGAGGACCUCCUACACCACUUCAGUGAUCCCAGCAUCAUGGAUAUUAAAAUGGGGACCAGGACCUUCUUGGAAGCAGAAGUGAAGAACCCAGUUCUCAGGAAAGAUUUGUAUGAGAAGAUGAUCAAGGUGGACCCCAAUGCCCCCACAGCGGAGGAAGUUGCUGAAGGAGCCAUCACUAAACUCAGAUAUAUGCAGUUCAGAGAACAAGAAAGCUCUACAGCAAACCUCGGCUUCAGAAUAGAAGCCAUCCGGAUGUCGGGGGAGCCACCAAACACCAGUCUGAAGAAAGUGAAAACAAAAGAAGAAGUGUCGUAUUUCUUGGAGAAUUUCUUGAGUGGUCACGAGAUAGUGAUGCCUAUUUUGUAUGAACGACUCUGUGAUAUAAGGGAGAAGUUUGAAUCCAUUCCAUUCUUUAACACACAUGAGAUUAUUGGCAGUAGUCUUCUGAUUAUGUAUGAUAGCAGCAAUCAUGCGGGAGCUUGGAUGAUUGACUUUGCUAAAACCAUUCCUAUUUCUGGCGUGACUGUCAAUCACAGGUCACCAUGGAAACCAGGCAACCAUGAGGAUGGUUAUCUGUUGGGAAUGGAUAACUUGAUAGAGAUCUUCAAAGACCUGGUUGAGAGACAGAAAGAAUCAAUUGCGAAUUCCAACAAAUUGGCAAGCUGA